GAUAGUCAUGCUGAUACUACACUGCAAAUGACAACGUAGUGCUGUUUGUUGUGUGUUUAAAAGCUAAUGUUGUCGUUAGCUUCGUGGCUAGCUAACGACAAUACCGUGACGUCACAGACCGCGGCCUGCUAGCCUCCGUGAUUGACAGCUUGUCAACUAACAAGGUGAGCGGCCAGUCAGCUCUCCGUCACUAUGGACGCCUGUGCACGUAUUAGAGGAGUCCCAAUAAGAUCCAGGGCCUCCGUACGGAAAGAGACGGUGCGCGAUGGAGGCCCGCAGAGCGUGAAGAGCCUCUUCAGGAAUAAGAAGGAGCUUUGCAGCAUUGGCGUCGAGCUGCCCUCCAGAGACGCCACAAGACUGACGGAGAUUCACUUUGUGUGUCUGCCUGAGCAAUGUGAAGGAGAAGAUGCAACCCAACAGGCCAUGUUAUCGAUGCCAGGAGGGCUGUGUGAGCUGCUCCGGUCGCUCCACGUCCACAGCCUGAAGAACGACGAGGUGCUGCUGCUCAAAGACUCCCGCAGGCUGACGGAGCACAAGGACGCUGGGCCUCACUGCUGGUUGAAGACUGUGUGUGUGCUGAGACAUAAUCCCAGCGCUAGCUUCUACCCUCAGGCCAGCGUAGCAUCCCUGGCCGGCUUGCUGGGGUGCUACGUGGCCGGCGUUCGCUAUGCUUUGGAGCUCCAGGCUCUACAGAGGGGCACAGCUGAGUCCUGCCAGGCGGAGGAGGAUGACACUAACCAGUCGGUCUCAUCAAUCGAAGAUGACUUUGUCACAGCCCUGGAGCAUCUGGAGGAGGAUGACUCGGGAGACAAUCCCUCUGCAGGCUCCUAUCGCCAUUUUAAAAAGCGUGAUGUGGCAUCACAGACAAUCCCAGCCCACAGAAGAAAAAAGGAAUUAUCAGGCUCCCGUAUCAUCAUCUGCUCAACCUCGAAGAAAAAUUCAGCCAAACACAGUCCGGGUCCGGAUGUUUCUGUCACAGUUCAGAGGUCGUCGGGGUUGGAGUCCCAGUGGACCUACUGCAGCCCCGGAGCUCGCCUGCCCUCGCCUGUGGUUCAAGUCAGUGACUCUGAAGACUCCAACUGCUCAAGCCCCAGCCCAAUCAUAUUCCUAGAUGAGGUGGGCUACCAGAAGAGCAUGCGGGCCAAGCUGGACAUCCCCCAGGUGCCAGGGGGUCCCAGAGAUCGCGUUGAAGACUCGGAUUCUGAAGUCAGUGAGUUCUUUGACAGCUUUGACCAAUUUGAUGACCUGGACGAGUUGAGCUCGGAUAACUGCACUCUCGCGCUGCCUCUGGAUGCGAUCAGUGCCCCCACCACACAGAGCACUGGGUCAGCAUCCAAGUAUGUUUCCAGGGGGUGCUCAACCAAGGGCAUGAACCCUCACCGCUUUGACCAUCCCACUCUCCCAGCCAAUGUGAAAAAACCCACUCCUCUGAAACCAGGCUCGCCCUACUCACUUCACUCUGAGGUGCCGGACUCCCCUCGACCAAUGCAGACCCCAUCUGAUGAGAACGGGGGCCCUCUCUUCAGUCCCGUCAGCUCUUCGGCCUUCAGCCCCUUGGUGGACUCUAGUGGACCUCUUGAAUACUUCUGGAAGGCAGAAGAAAACGGACAGGACAUCUUAGAGCUACGUAAACCGCAGGAUCUCUGCUCUCUGUAUAAAACCUACUCGGACUUUGCCAGCAGUCUUUCCAAAGAAAUUCUGGGAUCUGUGUGUGGCUACCAGUCUGCCGUUGACAUCAGUGACAACAAGAAUCUCAGCUGUGUCUGCCACAAGGAAUUCGAGAACCCUUCAGGCUACCUGAUGAAGCUCUCGGAAAUACAAGAGACUGUGACAGUGGGCGCGCUGCAGAAGAAGUCUCAGUCUCUGAAGGACGGCAUUCAGAGGUUUGCCACUGACCUGGUGGAGAUGAGCUUGGGCAGCGCGUUGCGAGACCUCCAAAAAGGUGUGUCCUCCUGUACCACCACCUUGUGUCACCUGGCUGCCAGGCUCACCUCCUCAGUGUUUCAGAUGGCCUUCCAUGAGAUUGGUAUGCGCCAAGCUUACGUGUUGAAAGAUCGGGCAAUCAAUGGAUUGGCUGGUUUCCUGGUUGGAGAGGUUGUAUCCGGGGCGCUGAAAGACUUCCUGACAGUGAAGAAGCAGAUUUUCCACAACACAGUGUCACAGUUUGCUGCUGAUCUGGCUGAAGAGCUGGUGUUUGAAGGCAUUAUGGAAGUGUGUCAGUUCUCCCACCCCUCAACCCCUCGUACCCCUAGUGAUUGGUCCUUUGGCCAAGCGAAAGAUGAGGAGGAAGAGGAGGAAGUGGUUUCCUCUUAUGCUUCAGACUUGUCUGAGUCGGUUAUCCAAGAGGCCUUCAUAGAGCUCUCUCAGGCUGAUGUGGCCUUCACUAGCCAAGCAGCUAUUAGUGUCUCUCUGGACAACAUCUGCUAUGUCAGUGCAGAGACUACAAGCGCUCAAACCUGCAGUACCUUUGCUAACCAGCAGGUUCUAAGCUCCAGCUCUGCUGCAGCAGCCCCAGGACCCUCAGGAGAGGAUGCUUCCUGUACGGUGAAGAAAGCCCUGUUCACUGUAUCAGGCAUGGCCAGCUGUAUUCCUGUUCCAAAAGCAGGCGAAGCCCUCACCCACCUGGAUUCUGAGGAGACCUGUCAGUAUAAGUCUAGCUUGUCCGAUAGCCCACAAACCAGCCCCAGAAGACUUAGUGUGUCUGCCACUGACACCACCACUUCCACACACCUGAGUCAUGGAACUCAGACCCCUACUCCGGGGGGAGACCACUCUCAAGGAAAGUCCUCAUUCCAAAACUUCUCUGGCAACAUGGUAGAUAUGAUAGUCACCGAGGCGUGCGAGCUGAUAACUGCUUCUAAGGUGAAGAAGAGUUUUGGUGACUGUGCUGAAUUCUUUACAAAGACAAUCGGCAGCAGAAGGGAUUCUUCUUCUCAGCAGGACACUGAAAAUGAAGAGGCUCCAGAUUCCCCUUCAAAGCAGGGCGCUUGCUUCAGAUAUGUCUGUAGAGAUCCUGGAUAUGUUAGAAACAUCAUCCCAGUUGAGCAAGCAUCGGUCCCAAGCAUUCCUCACAUUUCCUUUCAGACGAGCCAAAAUAGAGCCAGCUGGGAGUCCAGAGGUGUGGCUGAAGCACAUCCUGUGAUGAUGCAUACGCUUGAUGUACCAUGCACUGAGAUGGGUGGACAAAGGAGGACAUCUGUUCCGGGGGAUGACUCAGCUCAGAGCCCUGGACAAAAGUCGGGUGGGACACCCGGUCCUCCUCCCUCUACCCCUCAGCAGACCAGCGAGGUGUCCAAAGAGAAACAGAUAAAACAGUUCUCCAAGAAGCUGAAAAGCAAGCUGGCCAAGGAAUUCUCCCCUGCUACCCCACCACCCACUCCUCACUAUCAGCCUGAGCCUGGCCCAGGGCCAAAAGACGUCACCCCCGAGGCAGACAAGGCUGAGUUCAUGCUCAAACUGAUGAGGUCUCUCUCUGAGGAGGCAGACGGCAAUGAGGAGGAAGAGGUUGAAGAGUUGGCAGAAGAGGGUGGAGUCGAUGGCACUAACAGAUAUCCAGAGACAGGAAGUGGCCGGCGUGAUUCAAACCCGAUGUCCGCUCGCAGAGUGUCCAACAAGGAAGCUCUCCAUUAUGCUGAGCGGUUGGCUUGCCAUAUAGUCUCUAUGGCAACAGAGAUGGACACCCUUGGAGUAGCGGAGGAGGAGGGCGAGAUGAGCAAAGGCAGUGGCAGAAGGAGAGACAGCGUGGCUCAGUUCUCAGAGCAGACCCUGAACACCUUGUGGGUUUAUGCCGGGGAGGUGGCGGGAGAGGUCAUCAACGACGUGAAGAGGAUGGUGAGCUCUGCACAGCAGUGUCCAUAUCACAAAGACCUCAGAAGACGGAGCUUUGAGAGAUCUAGCUCUGAGUCUUUGCAUCAGCAGUCUCCACCCAGUGCAGAGCAGAACAAAGACUGGAGGGUAGGGCGGCUGGCUGAGCAGUGGUCUAAUGACCUGAUAGCCUCGGUCUUCCGGUCUCCUCCCUCCACUUCAAGCACCGUCUCCAGCUCCAGCACUGGCUUGUCCUCGGAGUAUCCUAGCUGUGAGAGCGUGACGGACGAAUAUGCAGGCUACCUCAUUAGGGUUCUGAAAAAGGAGGGAGGCAAUAGGGAGUUAGUCCUGGACCAGUAUGCGAGCCGUCUGGCCUACCGCUCCAUAAAACUGGGCUUGGCUCAUGCCAGUCGCAAGAUCAAGCAGAGGUCCUCUAGCACCCGGCUUCACUCUUCCAGGUCGCUGCCAGAUGAGUGGAAAGUCUCUGGUAGUGAGGCCUCGUUGCCCAAGAACAGAGUUGAGUCGGUGGUUGGCUCCUCAGCUGAGGCCGCUCAAUGUUGUUGCAGUGACUCUGAAGAUCAGAGUCAAAGGGAGUACACGGAUCUGGUCAACUUUGCCGAGUCGUUAGCUUACAACAUCACCUGCGAUGUCACCCGCAAGCUGCAUCUUUCCUCUGCACGACUUCCCAAGUCUCUCACCGACUCCUGUCUUUAUAAGAAGUCCAAACUUGAAGACAUGGCAGAGAACCUCAUCAGGAACUCCUUCUCCUGCCCCCUGUUGUCCAAGGAGGCUAAGAGCAAGCAUUACCACAGUACAGGAAGCCUUUAUGACGGGGGCUACAGGAGCCGGGUGAUGCAGGUUAUUGAGCACUAUGCCAGGAAGAUAGUUGAUGACACUCUGAAGAUGAGCAUGGCUUCAGUUGGACAGUCAUCCCGGGAGCACCAGAGGAACCAAGGUCACUCUCACACCCAGAGGUUGUCUGAGGGCCAGUCGCUGGGCCAUGCUCUUGGGGAGAGGACAUGCCGUUAUUGUCAGGUCCAGGAGUGCCCAUACUGCACCAAACCGAGCAGGCACCAUCACCAGCCAGCACUACAGAGGAGGAGGAGGGGGCACGACGGUCAGGCGAGGGCUGAGCGGCUCCCUAGCCUGGAGAUUCCCAAGAUCCACAUCGACCUGGACCACAGGGCGAUGUUUGCAGAGGAGAUGGUGUCCAUGGCGAUGGAGACGGCUAAACGUGAGCUGAGCAACACCAGCCUUAACGCCGACAGCGGCAUCGGGCAUGAUGGAGCCAGCUAUGCCGAGAGCCUCACUGCCGAGAUCAUGACGUCGGCCAUAUCCAACAUCUGCCAGCCCGGCACCAUCAGCUUCCCCUGUAGGGAAGCCGCCGAGUCGUCCGUCUCCCAGCAGCUGAGUGUGGGAGACGACAGUCUGGGCAGCUGGUCUAACCUGAGCUUUGAGGAUGAGCAUCCGGACGACAACAGCAGCUUCCUCCACCUCAGUGACAGAGCCUCUCACGUCCCAGUCUGUUAUAUAGUGGUGCAUAACUUACCUUCUCUCUCCAGCAGCAAUGGGAACAGCAGCAGUUGGAGCAGCCUGGGCCUGGAGGGGGAGGCGUGUGAGGAGCGCAUGUCCUUCUCCCCCUCUGACAGUGACAACACAGAGGACAAGGAGACGGAGGUCAAAGAGGAGUCCAGCGGGACUCUCUGUGUGGACCGGACCCAGCUGCAGGCUCCCCGGACGGCGCUGCUCGUCGUGAACUCGGACAUCAGGGAGCUCGGGCGCGGGCCCCAGCAGGUGACCAUUGACCCCCAGCUCAGGAGCAUGCUGCAGUGGGUGGCAGCCUCCAUGGCCGACGUCCCCCUGAUCCAGCUGAGUCCCGACAGAGAGCUGCAGCAGCUCCCUGCGGUGGUGCAGCGACUGCGGGAGAGGAGGUGGCGGGUGGGGGAGCUGCUGCACACCCUGCUGCGGUACUGUGAGGAGGCUCAGACCCACAGCCAGCCCAGAGACGAGGUUCCGCAGGCGGGCAGAGAGACGCACCGCACCCCCCUCUUCCAGUGGCUCCUGGAGCACGCCUAGGACUCCUCAUCACCUCACCUGGUUCCUUCUCUGCUUAACUCACCUCUCUUACUUCCAUCUCCUCUUCUCUUUCCUCCUCUCCUCUCAUCUGCCCUUGUUUCCUCUCCUCUUGUUUCCUCUUUUUCGUCUCAUUUCCUCAAUUACACUUUCCUUUCCCUUCUUGUUUUCUUAUAUCUACAUUCCUUUUCCCACCCUCUCCUCUCCAGUGUUUAGUUUUUUCCCAUCUGCUCUUGUUCCCUGUACCCUCCUUUAUUCUGCGAUCAUUUCCAACUCUUUUGAUUCCUCUUUCUGUCCUCUGCACCCUUGUUUCUCUCCUGCUCUUCUUUCAUAUCCUCUUUUCUCUCCUUCCUUUCUUACCCUCUCCUCAGUUCCUAUCAGGGCUUUGCAAACCUCGGUCUCUCCUAGAGGGCGCCAAACGAACCCUCUGGUCCUGAAUGUGUGCAGCUGCUCUGCAUGCUGAGACCAAGAGUUGGAUUUACCUUUAAUUUCCCACCUUCUGUUUGUUUUUGUUCGUGCAGUUUUCAUAUUGAUCUUGCUGCACUCAAACAUGUGUUUAUUCAGUGAGCUGUCUCUCCCUCACACCUACACUUCUUCAGAAUUAAAGCCCUCACACCUUGCUGCCAUUGUGCUUCAGCUACAGCGAGAGAGAGAGAGGGAGACAGAGAGAGACCCAUCCCAUGUGAUCCAGACACAGACAGGAUCCAGUAGAGAGAAAUGUUUUUAGGGAAUCCCCAUGAUGUCAUCACACCCAUCGCACACCUCUGUGGUGUUUCCACAUGUUCAGAGACCAACUACACACACACACACACACACACACACACACACACACACACACACACACACACACACACACACACACACACACGUGCACGCCACACCCUUGUAUUAUCAGAGGAAAUCCACUUCACUGACACUCCAUCAGCGUCUGACACCAGUGUCCCCACAGCGUAUUCCAUUACUGUAUCAAUCCGCUCUGAAUGACGGGGCUUGUUGCUCACAGUUUUUCUCUGGAGCUCUGAUGAGUUAAAUGCCGGAGAAAUGACUCAUUAACAUGUUGCCAUGGAUACAGAUUGACAAGACACUUUUAAAGAGGCCCUGUUCUGGUUUUUGGGAGGGUUUACCUUCCUUGUAGUAUGUUCUAUAGGUUUCUGUGCAUGUAAGUGGUCUGCAAAGGCUAAAAUCCUAUAGUUUCUCUCGGCACUUCUAUUGGCUAGUGCUCAGUGAUAGGCUAAGGGGGCGGGAUAUCUCUAAGUGGUUGACCUAUCACAACAGAGCCGGCCAGUAGACUGGUCUCUGGUUUCAGACAGAGGGUGAAAAGAGGUGCUGCAGCACAGGCAGUAUGAAAAAAACAACUACUUACUGAUAUGAAGCUCACAGUGAGCAGAAUAGGGCCCCUUUAAAGUUAAUUGAUGGAUCAUUACUGUCAUUUUGCAUUGAUGCAUUACGUUGGCAGUAGGAUGAUGGAUAGAUCUUGCAAGUAUUCCUGUUUUAUCUGCAAGCCUCGACCUCCUGGUUUGUCAAACUUAGUAAAAAACUUGAUGCUGUUUACUAGGUAUAAAGAAAAAGUAUAUUUUUGAAGGUAGAGAACGUGUAAUCAAACAUGAAAUGCUGCUCAAAGCUACGAAAGAAGCCAUGAUAUUGGAUUAAUGUUGCCAAAAGUGUCUCAUCAGGUUACUCCCCACCACACACACACACACACACGUCAGUAAGUGUCUGAUCCAUCCGUUCGGGGAAGAUCCAGUGACGUAGAUACAGGAUCUUUUACUAAUUAAAGACACCUCUAAAACCACAGUAUCACUCAAACAUGGACUCACACAAAUUCUGUCACCCACGCUCCACAGUCACCUUGUGGAAUGACAAGCUUACACACACACACACACACACACACACACACACACACACACACACACUCAUGUUACUCACCAGCCAGCCCUCAGAGUGUGUGUGCUCGCACAGCACUACCAGCCACUUGCUGAGAUGCACUUUUUGUUUUGGUUUCGUCCGAGGGGAGAACGGGCGUUUCCUGCAGAAUGACCCCACAGAGAAAAGUCCGGACUCUUGAGUUUGAAACACUGUAUUAUUCCACAGCCUCCUCACAUCUAUUACUCCUAAGUGUUGUCGGUGGUGCUCACGUGCAUGGCUGAAUCUUCAUCGGCUUUUAAAGCUUCUUCUUCUUCUUCUUGGCCUUCACUAACGGGCUGCAGUGAUCGGUGUGCCUCACAGUAUGCUUCAUCUAUAGGCUGCCAAAUGAUAUAAUCUUAACGGUGUUUGUCCUGUUUGAUUUGUUUUCACACACACGAAAAAAAGUGAAUAUAUCACGAAAUAUAUAUACCCUUUUUCAGACUCUAAAGUGAAGUAUUAACCUGAGAGCGUGCAUAUCUUGGUUUACAUGGAAGGAAUGUAUAAAGAGUCCUAAUUGAAUACGAAGAGAGCGUACAGAUCCUCUCAUAGUGUCUUGGUUUUCUCGUUUCCCGGCCCCUCUGCUCUCUGUCUUUACAUUCCUAUAUCUCGUGUCGUCGUCUGUGAAAGCUGUUCCUGCAGAGGCUGACACAUACUGUACAUUCGUUUUUCCCAGUGUUACUUUCUGCCUCAGACAGGAAGAUAAGAGCUGUGCCUCACCUCCGCUCACCUCUGUGUUUCUCCUGCUUCCUUGUGAAACCCUGCCAAAUGAAGAUAUUUAAUAAGUUAUGUAAGUUAUAUGAUAACAGUGAGUUCACUGCUUGUUCUCCCCAGCGCUGAAAGCUCUACAGAUGUUUGUGUUGAAGCUCGGUGUGAUAAUAAAGCUUUUUCAUGUGCUCUCA